AUGUUGCAACGGAUGAAAGAGGUUGUCGGCCAACGAACUUUCGAUGAUAGCCUAUUUAAACAACAUUUCUUGUCGAAACUUCCUCAACAGGUGCAAGCUGUGCUUGUCUCGUUACGCAACAACGCCUUAGACGAGCUAGCUGCAUCUGCUGACCGCAUUUUAGAAAUCACAAAAUCUACUACCGAGGUUUUUUCAGUCAAGGAAAGGCCUCAAACGACCCAGCAUGACAUAACCGAGUUAUGUCAUACACUUACACGUUAUCUUCAUUUUCGUAACGACCGUAAGCGAUCACACACCCCACGUAGAAGCACUUCACGUAAGCGAUCUGUCUCUAGACCACGAGAGACGGAUAACCCGACUGGUGCUGGUAUCAUACCCAGUAUGGGAAGUCUUCCAGAAAUCGCAGAAAACAUUGCAAUUUUCUCAACUCUAAUUCCACCGACACGGAAAACAACUCAAGAAACUUCCGAGCAGGCACGCGUGAACGAGCAAAGACAACAGGACUCCUCAAAGAUAAAGGCCAAGUACCCUAAUAGAGUUCCGGUCGUCGUGGAACGUCAUCGUCAUUCACAAAUACCCGAUAUUGACAAACAUAAGUUUCUUGUUCCGGACGAUGUUACAGUUGCUCAGUUUAUGUGGAUCAUUCGAAAACGUAUUGAUAUCUCAUCAGAAAAAGCCCUCUUUCUUUUUGUUGAGAAGAAUAUGCCGCAAACAAGUGCCACAAUAGGUCAACUGUAUCAUAACUUUCACGAUGAUGAUGGUUUUCUAUACAUAAGCUACAGUGGGGAGAAUUCUUUCGGCUCCGGUUCAUAGCUUUAUAUUUUCGAAACAAGAUAUUUUUCUGUACUUGUGAAAAUGAAUGUUUAGUUUAAUAUGAAUAUACAUAAAUUAUUUUCAGCUUACGUUUGCUAACUUUAAAUAGUUUCUUUUUUCAUCUAUCCUCCAAAGCAACAGUGUUGUUUGCCAAUUAUGUGUUUUUUAGUGAGCUUGGAAGUUUUUUCCUGUUUAUCUUCCGAUUUGUUGACCGUUCUGCCUCUUUUGUCAGAUUUAUUCAUAUAUUAUGUCGGUUUUUGGUUCAGCGGUUGUGCACAACUGUGUUGUUUAAGAAAUCUAAGCACAAUGGGCUUUGAUCCGAAUCAAUAACUAAUGUUAUUCCUGUUUUGUAUGUAAUGCUCAUUAUUAGUAUGGAGUUUCGCAUUGCUUACUGUUUUUUGUUGUGGUCCAAUAAGUGAUAUUCUAAUUAUGUUAUAUUUUUAGAUUUUCUUGUUUCUCUGUGUUCAACUGCUAUUUUUAUUCUGUGUAUAUUGUUUAUGCAUUUUAGCAAUAUUUGAUUGUAUUGUUUAAUUUUCUCACUACUAAGUUACAUAAACAGGUGAUUAUUUAUUUUAAUUUUUAUCUGUAAAUACACCUGGAUUAUACUAACUACUACUUGUUUCUCACAAUUAAUUCGAUUAAAUUAUGUUAUAUGGUUCUCAUGAAAUUAGCGGCCCUUUGAUCAAGGGGACUUUCAUCUAGUAAGUAUUAAAGGGCACACUGAAAAUUUAGCAAGUAGGCUGUUUGGUCAAGUGAGUUGACUGUUUAUAUUACGUUGACCCAAACUUCGUACAGAUCGCUUGCAUUGAAGAAAGUUGUGGGCAAACCACUUUCAGUUCAGCUUAAUACUCUACCUGUAGCACACAAACUACUGGAUUAUCCACCUAAGGGAAAGUCUUUGCUUCUGUAUUGCCGAAGAAUUUGGAUAGUCUAUAACAUGACGCUGUUUAGUGUAUGACUUUUUCAUAGACUGUCUUAAGUGGAAAAAUAAAUAACUAGUUUCACCAUGCGUGUUGAUGUUCUUUGGUAUGGGAGAAUUAAGUGACAUCUACUUAUAUUUGAAGAGUGUGCAAUAUACCCAUAAGGUCAUAUUGUUUAAAAAAAUUUAAUGAUGAAUUAAACUACCAUUUUGAUAAAUUUGAAUAGCUUAUUGAUAAGCUUCAUCUUAGCAAUCUGAGUGGUUAAUAAAAUAAACUCAACAAGUAAGAAACAUUUAAAACGAAUAGAGGAGAUCAUCGAUGUUCAUUGAGUUUUAUUGUUGGUUUAUACAAAUGAACUAGUUUUACUAAAUUAUCCUACCCAUUAAAUCGACGGCACCGCAAUACGUGUCCAGUAACAAACCCAACUUAUUCUUAGUGUACUUAAAUAAAUAUAUCGGUGUAUUAUGUUGUGAGUCAGUCAGUAACAACGUAGGACUUCGUACGUACAUACAUCAGUUCGAGUUGCCACACCACAUUAGCACAGAGAUGCAAUGGUCGACUCAAAUCCCGUAGUGGUAGAGGUAAUAAGAGUAUAAGCAGUAAUCGGGAAAAUUAGUGUUUGGAGAUGUUAUUUAAAGGGUAUAAUACAGUGAAAUAAAUUUGGGAAGAGAAAAAAAGAGACAAGGAGAUCAAAAUUUGGGAGAACACAAAGAGUGUAUGCACCUGCGCCAUUGGAAACGAUUUUGAGACAUGU